GAAUGAUGCGUGCAAAAUAAGCGUGCGGCCGCUUCACCCGCACAUGGGCCCGCUGGACUUUGGGAGCCAUCUACACUACCUACCGGCAUACUGACGUGACGACAGCACAAUAUGUUGCCUGCCCAAUCCGGCAACUGAACUAACCCUGGCUCAACUUUAACUCAGAAACAACCUUCCAAUGGCAUCCCACCCCUCGUAUCCUACUGGCAACCUUGCACAGGAAUGCGGUAGUGAUGCUUGCUCGUUAUUGAUAUAUAAGUCCGUGGCACCGCCAUCGAGACACAUUGUGAUAUUCCAACAACAUGCCAGCUUCUUCCAUCUUUUGUCUACAUAAAGCAAUCAAGCCAGCAUUCACGGCUCGUACGAGAUCCAUCUACCAGUGCGCCCACAUCAGCAAGCCCUCUUUAUACAGAAACCACCGCUCCUCAUUCAGCACCAUGUCUCCGCUAGCCCCCUACGCUGAACAGCACAAGAACAUCACCGGUCCCGGAGACGCCCGUCCCACGGCCAUUCAAAUCGUUCAAGACCAAGGCCUCGUCGGCAAAUGGGCUGGCAAGGUCGCCAUCGUCACGGGCUGCUCCCCCGGCGGCCUUGGUCCUGAGGCCGCCAGAGCCCUUCACGUCACCGGCGCCGACGUCUACAUCACCGUCCGCGACGUUGCCAAGGGCGAGGAAGUUGCCAAGGAUAUCCUCUCCGACGGCAAGCCCGGAAAGGUCCAGGUCAUCAAGCUGGACCUCGGAUCCCUCGAGAGCGUCAGGCAGGCUGUCAAGGAGUUUCUGAGCAAGUCCGACAAGUUGAACGUGCUCAUCAACAAUGCUGGUGUUAUGGCCUGCCCCAAGGCCAAGACUGUCGAUGGGUUCGAAAGCCAAUUCGGCACCAACCACCUCGGUCACUUCCUCCUGUUUCAGCUCCUGAAGCCAACCCUUCUGGCAUCCUCAACCCCCGAAUUCAACUCCCGCGUCGUAUCCGUCUCGUCGUCGGGCCACCGCCAGGGCAGGAUCCAGUUCGAGGACUUCAACUUUGACCACACCGUCGAGUACCAUCCCUGGACGGCUUACGGCCAGGCCAAGCUCGCCAACAUUCACUUCGCCAACGAGCUCGACCGCCGCUACGGCUCAAAGGGCCUCCACGCCCUGAGCCUCAUGCCGGGCGGCAUCCGGACGCCGCUGCAGAGGCACGUGCCCGAGCUCAUGGAGGCGCUCAACGACCCGGAGAUUGCCAAGUGGAUGAAGACACCCGAGCAGGGCGCCGCGACGUCGGUCUGGGCCGCCGUCGCCAAGGAGUGGGAGGGAAAAGGUGGCAGGUACCUUGACGACGUCGCCGAGGCCGAGGAGGUCACACCCGAGGGCUGGGCGGCCAGGCCUGGGUACGCGCCGUCCGCCUACGAUCCCCCCACGGAGAAGAGGCUGUGGACCGAGAGUCUCAAGCUGGUCGGGCUCGAGGACGACGCGUGAUCGGGCGUCAAGACGUGACGUGACGGUGGUGAAGGCUCGACAUGGACAUUUUGUAGAGCAUUAGAAUUUUUAUCCUUCGAUCUGUUUCUAUACCCAGGCGGCGACUUUGCUGAAACG